CAAUAUCGAACAAAAUGGAGUUCGUUCUUUUUAGAUUGUAUUUAUAAACAAAUAAUUAAUUUUUACUAUAACAAUUGAUUAAUGUAAACAAAAUGUAUAAUAAAUAAUUUAAAAAAAUAAAUAAUAGUGCUGUCAUCGCAAAAACCAGAGGGCGCAAGCAGAGCUAUGGUUUAGUAUAUAUCCAGGCAGUGGCUCAAUAAGAACAUAAGUGUGUUUUAACAUUUUACAAAAAAAAAAAAUAUCUGAUAAUAAAACUCAGAACAAUACGCAAUUAGAAAAUGAGUAUAAAAAACAUUUGCUGUCUUGGUGCUGGAUACGUUGGAGGUCCUACGUGUAGUGUGAUAGCUUUAAAAUGCCCAGAAAUUAAAGUUACAGUUGCUGACCUCAGCAAAGACAGAAUAGCCCAAUGGAACUCAGAAAAACUGCCUAUUUAUGAGCCUGGUUUAGAUGACGUAGUGAGAAAGUGUAGAGGUAAAAACCUGUUUUUCUCAAAUAACAUUGAAGAGUCAAUUCUAGAAGCUGAUUUGAUUUUUAUUUCUGUAAACACUCCUACAAAAAUCAACGGAAAUGGAAAGGGCAGAGCAGCUGAUCUAAAAUACGUAGAGGGCGCAGCAAGAAUAAUAGCAGAUGUGGCACAAAACAACAAAAUAGUAGUAGAAAAAAGUACAGUUCCUGUAAGAGCAGCCGAAAGCAUAGCCAAUAUUUUAAUUGCUAAUCAAAAACCUGGUGUAACUUAUCAGAUUUUGUCUAAUCCUGAGUUCCUAGCUGAAGGUACCGCGGUAAAUGAUUUGCUCAAUGCUGAUAGAGUUUUGAUUGGUGGUGAAAAUACAGAAGCUGGACGGGAGGCAGUAGAAAAGUUGUGCAGUAUUUAUGAGCAUUGGCUACCAAGAAAAAAUAUUGUUACUAUGAACACAUGGUCCUCGGAAUUAUCAAAACUUGCUGCAAAUGCUAUGCUGGCCCAAAGAAUAUCAAGUAUCAAUUCGUUAUCGGCAGUAUGUGAAGCUACAGGUGCAGACGUUUCUGAAGUAGCUAGAGCUGUAGGAUUGGACUCGAGAAUAGGUUCCAAGUUUUUGCAAGCUUCUGUAGGAUUUGGUGGUAGCUGCUUUCAGAAAGAUAUACUAAAUCUCGUCUAUAUUUGUGAAUGCUUGAAUUUACCAGAGGUAGCAGCUUACUGGCAGCAAGUCAUAGAUAUGAACGAGUAUCAAAAACAUCGUUUUACUACAAAAAUAAUUGAAUCCUGCUUUAAUACUUUAUCUGGAAAGAAAAUAUGUAUUCUUGGAUUCGCUUUUAAGAAAAAUACAGGCGAUACUAGAGAAAGUCCUGCUAUACAUGUAGCUAAGACGUUACUAGAUGAGGGAGCUUCUAUUAAAAUUUAUGAUCCUAAGGUGGACAAAGAACAAAUUGACGAAGACUUAACCAAUCCAUAUGUAUGUGAAAAUCCAGAAAAUUAUAGAAAACGGAUUUCUAUUUAUACUGAUCCCUACACUGCAUCAAAAGAUUGUCACGCCAUUGUAGUAUGUACUGAAUGGGACGAAUUUGUUGACUUAGACUACAAAAAGAUCUAUGGCAAUAUGAUGAAGCCAGCUUAUAUAUUUGACGGAAGAAAAAUUUUGGACCAUCAGGCUCUAAUUAAUAUUGGAUACCAUGUGCAAACGAUAGGCAAAAGGCUUUAAUUAAGUCAGCCGUUGCUGGAAUAAAGGGCGAAAGUUAUACAUAAAAUGAAAGAAUUGCAUACCCUCUAAAGUAUUUUUAUAUUUAUUUUUCAAAGUAUUAAUUAUAAUUCCGUACUUAUUUAUAUAUCAUGUAUUUCAGUAAGUUUACAUCUUAUACACAUUAUACACUAUUAGCAUGUUA